GUGGGGGAACACAAGAAUUGCCUUGUCAGACGUCCCUGGGAAGCCGUUAACCAGGGAAUGAGGAACUAUCCUCUGUACAUCAAGAGCAUUCCGACAGAAAAUGAACUGAAGUUCCACUACACAGUCCACACGUCUCUUGAUGUUGUGGAUGAGAAAAUCUCUGCUAUGGGAAAAGCUCUUGUGGACCAGAGAGAGCUCUACCUGGGGUUGCUCUACCCAACUGAAGACUACAAAGUAUAUGGCUACGUGACCAAUUCCAAGGUGAAGUUUGUGAUGGUGGUGGAUUCUUCCAACACGGCACUCAGGGACAACGAAAUCCGCAGUAUGUUCAGGAAGCUGCACAAUUCCUUCACAGAUGUCAUGUGCAACCCCUUUUAUAAUCCUGGGGACCAGAUCCAAUCCAGGGCCUUUGACAACAUGGUGACAUCCAUGAUGGUGCAAGUUUGUUGAAGCUUCUGCCUCUUCUUCCAGCUGCUUUACCUGAGACAACUUGCCCCACUGUACAGAAUUGUUUGUCGUGUAUAUUCUGCCUUCCAAAAUCCCACAUUGUAUAAUAAAACCAUUAACUUAAA